AUGGUCUCAUAUUCUAAAUUGAACUUAGAGGGAGAGAGAUUCGAUCUCGUGUGUAGAGUGAGAAGCACAUCCAUUAUAGUGAACUUGGUUAAAGGUCAAGGUGGUGGUUAUGGUAUUGGUGGUGGUGGGGAUGGCUAUUGUGGAGGUAGAGGCGGUGGUGGUGAUGAAGGUGAAGGUGGUGGUUGUGGUAUUGGUGGUGGUGGGGAUGACAGUUGUGGAGGUAGAGUCGGUGGUGGUAGUGAUCGUGGCGGUGAAGGUGGUGGUAAAAGUGGUGGAGUUGGAUGUGGAGGUGAAUGUGGUGUCAUUUUUAAAAAUUAA